CUAGGGUAUUUGAUGAAGUUUGGUUACUUGCCAGAAUCCGAUCUAGAAACGGGCAACUUGAGGGACGGAAGUCAACUACACGAUGCUCUGCGAACAUUGCAGUCGUAUGGAAAUAUUCCUAUCACCGGCCAAUUGGAUGAGGCCACUAAACAGUUGAUGAAAAAACCGAGAUGUGGCGUUUCCGAUAUUCCACAGCCUGCGGGCAAUCAGCGGACCAAACGCUACACCCUGCAAGGUCAAAAAUGGCAUCACGUCAACUUGACGUGGAGGUGA